GGAACUUCCUGCUCCAGUCGUCUCCUCUCAGGCCCACGUGACUGUGGCACCAUUUCAGCCAUUUUCAGUAGUUUGAUGGAGAACCGGUCGGAUGACAGCAGGAACUGUUGUUAUCACCGGCGGAAUACUAGCAACCGUGAUCCUAUUGUGUAUUAUCGCAGUGCUCUGUUACUGUAGGCUACAGUAUUAUUGCUGCAAGAAAGAUGAAUCUGCUGAGGAGGAGGAGGAGGAGGAGGAGGAGGAGGAGGAGGAGCCUGACCUUCCCACUCGCUCAUACUUUACGACCUGCAAUGCCUGCAACUCUCGCAUGGUGGACGGGCAGGGCAGCCCAGCACCACCACCCCACGAAUUUAACCAGCAGGGUGCUCGGAACUACUGCCCUACCUGUUCCCCCUAUGGCUCGCCCUUUUACAUACGGACCGCUGACAUGGUGCGGAAUGGCGGUGAGAGGAUCACCUACACGCCCGCGUGCUACAAGGAAAUGGGGCCACCCAUCAAAAUGGCAACCCUCCAGAGUUACCCGAUGACCCGCCGUGGCGUCGUCCAUGAGACUUGUCCAAACCCGAGGGCUAUUAGUACAGACGUGUAAUCAGCAUUGUCACUAUCUCACAGGGUGCGCCAAUGAGACGGCCAUCGAGGGGUGGGGGCUCCAUUUAUUUCAGUGAGGUUUCUUGCAAAGGAGAGGAACCCUCGAACAAACAUCAACAGCUAAAUCAGAAACCCAGCGUGGUCCGGAUGUUGAUCUGUCCAGAUCGCUGUAAGCUUUCAUGGGACAUUUGAAUGAAGAGCUUGAACGUGGUGAUUUCUGAACCUAUCACAAGUGUAAUUAUUAUUCUACUGUAACUACGGAAGGGACUUGUCUAAUGAGGGCUAUGUACAGUACAGACUAACUUAGUUAUCAAAACACUUGUGACUCUCCUUAUUCCCUUGAGUCCUUAAUGAGGUCUUUGGUGUCUACACUAAGCAAAUCCUAUUUGUCACUUUCCAAGGCAAUAUCACUGGCCUCCAGUAUGGAUGAACUGAGCACAUUCAGCAAGAGCAAGACGUCAUUCUGGGAGCUGUCGGCUCCAGCAAUGGCUGCGGCAUUAGAAAGGAGGAAGAGAGAGAGGGUGACGCUCCAGCCAGUGUGCCGGGAGUUCUAACACUCUUGCUUGAUGAAAGCUAAUAGAGAAGCAAAUAAACAAAUAGUUUGAUCAUUUUGUUCCCUUUGUAUCACAUUAGUUGCAAUUGAAUGCUAGUGUCUGUAAAAUAGGAUAACCUCUCCCUGGCUACUUUAGAUAAUUAUGAGGGGGAGAAAAGGGGACUAGUGAAAUUACUGACAUAUGCUAACAAUGCAGAUGAUGAUCCUGCUGCUGCCAAAAAAAAAAAAAAAAAACACUUUAAUCUUCACAGACUUUUUUUAGGAGUGGUUUAGUUUAGAGGCAUAAAAAGUGAAAGGUUUUAUUGAAA